UAGAGAGCUAUAACAGAGGACUGCACAGAAAGCAGGCAUGGCAUCCCCGAGCCUAGGGUUUAACGGGGCUCGGAAGAAAGCCACCGCGAGGAACGGAGCCGUGGAGAGGCGGAAUUUAAUCACCGUGUGCAGGUUCUCCGUGAAAACGCUGAUCGACCGGUCUUGUUACGAAACGAUAGAUGAUACAUCACCAGAGUUCAUCAAUUUUGUCUCCAUUCUGGAGCAGAUCCUCAGCCAUCGGCUCAAAGGACAGAUCACUUGGUUUGGCUAUGAGAGUCCACGCAGUUUUUGGGAUUAUGUGCGUGUGGCCUGUAGCAAAGUCCCUCACGGCUGCAUCCCGAGCAUUGAGAGCAUGGAGAAUGUACGCAGUUCCAGAGCCAAGGGUCGAGCCUGGAUCAGAGUUGCCUUGAUGGAGAAACGGCUCUCUGAAUAUAUAUCUGCUGCCUUGAGAGACUUCAAAACCACAAGAAGGUUUUAUGAGGAUGGUGCGAUAGUGAUGGGAGAGGAAGCUGGUGUGCUGGCAGAUACUCUUAUUGGACUAAAUGCUAUUGAUUUCAGUUUUUGUCUGAAGGGUGAGAGUUUGGAUGGAAGCUGUCCUGCUGUUAUUGACUACACACCUUACCUCAAGUUCACACAAACCUCAGACAGCAUCAGCAGUGACGAGGAGGAGAUGAGGACUCUGGGUAGCAGUGGCAGCGAGGCCAGCACUCCGGAAACAAACAUGGCCGCCUGCUUGAGCACGGACCUGAGCAGCUGGUACAGCAAGUGUAAAAGAGUGGAGCAGAAAUACAGAGUGGUGCUGGAACAAAAGGGUUAUCUGGAGGAGUUGGUGCGUCUGAGAGAGGCUCAGCUCUCAGAGUCCGUCUCCCAAAACAAAGCUUUACUGCAGCGUUUUGCUGAAACCAGCAUUAGCCAUAAACUGGAGAAAGAACAGCUGGAGUUCAUCAUCUUGGAGCUGCAGGACCAGCUCAGAACUGUACUCAAGAACCAUGACCUGAGAUCCAGACAGGAGCUCACCUCUCACUUGACCAAUCAGUGGCCCUCGCCUGGUGCCAUGGACAGUAACGCCGUCGCUCUGGACACCCUACUCUACCAGAAGCGCACGGGACGCUGGGAAGAGAAGAGCUUCCCGAGUCUGGACCAGCUAUCCGCCGAUAUGAGUCUGUCUCAGACAUCCCUGGAGCCGGGACACAGGCACACACACAGUCUGGAUGGCAAGACUGGACUCGCCCCCUGGCACAGAGAAGGUAAAGAGGACACACCGUCUCUCAGAGGUCUGUGUGGGUCUCUGACUUCAGUAGCCAGCUAUAAAUCUCUGGCCAGCCUGAAGUCUAGUGAGUAUCUGGCGAGUCCGACUACGGAUAUGACCAGCCCAGGGCUCACUCCGUCCUAAACCACAUACACACAAACACACACACAGUACAUAUACGUGUAUUAUAUUUAUUUAGCCAUAAACUGUAAACCUAGUAUUAAACUUUUUUACAGUCUGAGAAUCAGACUCUGGACCAGAUCUGACUGCACUGUGCUAACUCACAUGAUCACAUGAUCAAAGCUCAAUCAUGAAAAACUACCUAAAAUCUUCACAUCAGUAUUCGUCUUGUGGCUUUUAAUGUGCCAAUCUGCCUAACUCUCACACUCUCUGCUUUUCCAACUUAAAACACUAUGCUACACGGAUGGACAU